AUGUCUCCUCAAUCGCUUGUCGAAACAGUGCAUGCAUCUCCUCGUCCUUCUCUGAAGAGAGCUCAUGCUGAACUCACUCCGGCUGCUGGGAGGGCCCCUGUCACCACGUCAAACUUCGAACCACAAGGCUCUCCAGUGUCAUCUGCGCAGAAACCAUCCUAUCUGAUUAUCAUACCUCUUGAAGUCUUGUCAGCAAUUCUCAGUGGAGUUCCGUCGCCGAAGGAUGUUCUCGCCGUUGCGCGCUGCAGCAAACACCUGUGCGCGACGUUGCUGAAUGGCUCGAAUCAAUUCAUAUGGAGGAUCGCGAGAGAGCAAUGUCUGGUGGGUCCCAUCCCGCACCCACCGCCCGGGUGGAGCGAGGCUGCAUAUGCAUCGUUCAUUUUUGAUGAGGGCCCUUGUGAGGCAUGCCAAAAUAACACGAAGAGGCUUUAUACGUCGUUUGCCUUGAAGUUGAGAUUCUGCAAUAACCCUGCGUGCCGUAACAUUGCGAUGAGAAGCGUGAUUCGUAUCGACACACCAAACUCUGACAAAAGCCACAUCCUACGAUGGAUUCCGCGCUCGGAAGUUCACAGCUGGUUUGAUCACAAUGUUCAUGGUGCUAUAUGCCGGAAAGAUGAAUGGGAAGCUGCUGUAGACGAGUAUAAUAAACAUAUCAGGAUGGGAGGAUCUUUAGAAGAAUAUGAUUCGCUUCAUGAUAAAGAAGCCAAACUUCUUCUUCGUAAGAUUAAUCACCAUGCAGCUCUAUAUGAAUUACGGGAGAAAUGGGAGAAAGCAUAUGUCGCCAAUAGGCGGGGCAACGUCAACAUGGCAAAAAAAAUUGCAGAAAAAGAAGGAUGGGAAGAGUCGAUCCUUCUCGAGACGGCGACUUAUGGGUUGCUUCAUAGCUCCAGAAACAACUGCCUCGAGCCAGUAACCGAUAUCGAAUUUGACCUGUCUCGCCUCCGCAUCUCGCAAGAAAUGCUCAAAAUCAUGGAGAAACAGAAACGCCAACAAGCAGAGCGUGGUGCUCGAAAGCGUCGGGAUGACAUUAACCAACAUCACCGACGUGUCAAGUUGUCUGGGACUUAUGCUAUUUUCCCCUCGCUUUUUGACUUCCGCAAGCUUCCUGUCAUGAAGCUCCUCCAAGCGAAAAACACGGAAACACUUGAGACGGAACUCAAAGAGAAGGUGAUUGCAGAUCUCCUCCGUGACGAUUUGAAAAAGUGGGUCGAGGCGGCGAAGGACGCACUUGGCACCGUGCUCGGAUUCCCGCAGUGGAAGAACCCGUCGAAAACGGUGCUUCAUCCGGUUGACAGAGUGACUGCGCAGUUCAUAUGUACACGUUGCGGGGGACUGCCACGAACUCGCCUUGCUGAGGGAUCUCUGGAUUUCAAGAGCGCGUGCACACACGAGUGUACGAAUAUGUCGAGGGCAGAGAAGAACCGGCGGACGUGGAGCGCCGCACAUUUUGUUCCAGAUCAGAAGGUUCUUGCGAUGACGGGGCUCAACGAUGAGCAGUCGAAAACGCAUGACAGUCUUAUCGCGAUGGGUCCCUGUUUUCAGUGUAGGUCAUGCGACGCGCCCAUCGUGAUGAGCUUCGAAAGACUGGUUGGCCACAGCAAACGGCACGAGAUGAUGCAAGUUGGUAUACUGUCCCAAGCAGAAGCGGGCGCUAUCUUGAUGCACCCAUAUGUGCCCAGUUUGUACGUGAAAAUGUUCGGGUUCAGUCCAGCGGCGAAAGAGGCACGCCCAACCAAGACGUUUGGUUGUCGACAUUGUCCCCAGAAGGGGGCCUUGGCCGAGGCUGCGCCUAGCCAUGCACUCGGCCGCAGGUCCCAUAGAACAGCGAGCCUCUAUACCUUUGACGGUCUCAUCUCUCAUAUGAAAGCUAAACACAAGAUUGAGCGAAUGGGAGAUGAGGACUUCUACCGAGUGCUACCGAUCGAUUGAGUCCAUGAUUGUCUCUGCGCGUGAGUUCUAUGGUUGAUGACCUCACAUAGGGAAGGUCAUAAAGCGGCACACAUUUUGACGCUCAGGUGCCGAUAGCGAUGCUGCUGUCGACGUAGCAGUCUGGCACCAUCACCAAUUUCCCCGGUCUAGCUGGCGAUGGUGUUCCCAUUUUGGUCCACAGUCCAUGUGCUACCGAAGAUUGAUCAAUAUCUGCGUGAACAAUACCGUGGCAUGAUUUGUAGUUGUAUCUUCCCAUUGGACGUCUUCCAGGGCUAUCAGAAAUCAGAGUCACAUUGUCACUGUGCUC